CCGACGGUCGCCGACAUGGCUCUCUACUGCGGCGACAACUUCGGCGUGUACUCGCAGCACGGCCUGUCCCCGGCCGCCGCCGCCCCGGCCGCCCCCACGGCCGCCAGGGCGCCCUACGGUCUGGCCGACUAUGCCGCGCCGCCGGCCGCAGCCGCCAACCCCUACCUGUGGCUCAACGGGCCGGCCGUGGGCGGUCCCCCUGCCGCCGCCGCGUACCUGGGCGCCCCGCCGCCGCCGCCGCCGCCGCCGCCCCCCGGGGGCGCGCCCGGGCCCUUCCUGCAGCCGCCGACCGCCGCCGGCACCUUCGCCUGCGCGCAGCGGCCCUUCGCGCAGCCCGCGGCCGCAGCGCCCGCCUCGCCCGCCGGGCCCGCGGCUCCCGGGGAGCUGAGCUGGCUGUCCAUGGCCAGCCGCGAGGACCUGAUGAAGAUGGUGCGGCCGCCCUACUCGUACUCGGCGCUCAUCGCCAUGGCCAUCCAGAGCGCGCCCGAGCGUAAGCUCACGCUCAGCCAUAUCUACCAGUUCGUGGCCGACAGCUUCCCCUUCUACCAGCGCAGCAAGGCCGGCUGGCAGAACUCCAUCCGCCACAACCUGUCGCUCAACGACUGCUUCAAGAAGGUGCCCCGCGACGAGGAUGACCCAGGGAAAGGUAAUUACUGGACCCUGGAUCCAAACUGUGAGAAAAUGUUUGACAAUGGGAACUUCCGUCGGAAGCGAAAGCGCCGCUCGGAAGCCAGCAGCACCCCUACGGUGGCCGUGGGGACGUCAAAAUCAGAAGAAGGGCUCUCCCCGGGACUGGGGUCUGGAGUGGGUGGGAAGCCGGAAGGAGACAGCUCCCCGGCGUUGCUGAGGCCCUCUCAGUCCCCAGAGCCUCCCGAGGGCACCAAGAGCACCACCUCCUCCCCAGGAGGGCCCGUGCUCUCCUCCACCCCUUGCCUGAAUAGCUUCUUCAGCAGCCUCAGCACGCUAAGUGUAAACAGCGGUGGGAGCACCGAGCGAGUGCUCCCGGGCAGCCGCCCCCUAGGGAUCCAGGGGACCCAGGUGCCCUCAGGCGGCGCGUUCCCCCCCAGCUCAGUCCCGGAGGCCUCGCCAGACACCUUGCAGCUGAGUCACAGCACCAGCAAUGGCAGCAGCCAGAGAUCUUCCUACUACAACCCCUUCCCUGCCGGCACCAGCGGGGGACCAAGCAGCCCCUUCAGCACCCCUUUCUACAACUUCAGCGUGGUCAACAGCCUCAUCUACCCCCGGGAGGGCUCCGAGGUAUAGACCCCCCA